AUGUCCAUUGCCCCUCACGACUUUAUCGUUGAAGUUAAUAAUUAUGAUAGUGAUGCAGUGGAUCCAGUGGCUGUGGCUACAACAUCAAAAGAAGUUGCUGACCCUAAGCCUCGCCUUAAUUUUGAAAAAACAGACACAGCUAUAGUUAAAAAUGUAGAAAAUCCAGAACCCAAUGUUGUAUAUGUGCAAGAGAUAGAUCCAACUACAGAUACAGAAGAAAGUGCCAAAAUGGUGAAAAUAACCAACAAUAAAGAUAUUAUUACUAGGGGUAUAACAAAAAUUAAAAACAGGAAACUUAGCUUGCAAAAUAGAAGAGAAGAUGUACACCAAACAAUUGUAAAAAGUAACACAGAUUUUAAAAAAAGACAACUGGAAAUGAUGGAAGAGGAACAUAAAUACAAUAUUAAAAUAGCUAACCUAAAAAUUAGAAAAUUAGAGUUACAAAUAUCUUUAUUAGAAAGUCAGAAAAACAAAAGUUAA